ACACCACACCACACCACUCCGGCCGCGCACGGGUUGAUCGCCGAAAAGAGCUUUUUUUCCUCCUCCUCCUCCUCCUCCUCGGUGAUCUGCCUCGCUGGGGCAUCUCUAAAAGCAUCCGACGCCGCCGCCACCACCAGCAGCAGGAUCGCCACCAACGAGCGACGACGAGGAGGAGGAGGAGCGAUCGGCCCGAGGGGGGAGAAGACCGGAGGAGACGACGAUGAAGAAGUGCCCGUCCGAGCUGGACUUCGAGGCGUUCUUCCACGGCGGGAGUGGGGAGGCCGCCGACGCCGACGAGCAGAAGCCCGCCGGGCACGCCGGCUCGCACCCGCUGUUCGGGAUGUUCUCCGCCGCCGACCUCUCCGCCUUCGGCUUCGCCGACUCGAGCACCAUCACCGGGGGCAUUCCCAACCACAUAUGGCCCCAGUCCCAGAGCCUCAACGCACGGCAUCCUGCGGUCUCCACGACAAUUGAGUCGCAGUCAUCAAUUUGUGCAGCAGCAAGUCCCACAUCAGCCACCAAUCUGACUAUGAAGGAGAGUCAAACUCUGGGAGGCACAAGUGGCUCGGAUUCUGACAGCGAGUCGUUGUUCGAUAUAGAGGGAGGUCCAUGCGAACAAAGCACAAACCCAUUGGAUGUGAAGAGAAUGAGAAGGAUGGUGUCCAACAGGGAGUCUGCUCGGCGAUCAAGGAAGAGAAAGCAAGCUCACUUAGCCGACCUCGAGUCACAGGUUGACCAGCUCCGGGGCGAAAACGCGUCGCUUUUCAAGCAAUUGACAGAUGCCAGCGGGCAGUUCACAACCGCGGUCACGGACAACAGGAUCCUCAAAUCAGACGUCGAGGCCCUCCGUGUCAAGGUGAAGAUGGCGGAGGACAUGGUGGCGCGGGGGGCGAUGUCGUGCGGGCUCGGCCACCUCGGCGGGCUGUCGCCGGCGCUGAACGCCCGGCAGCGCUGCGUCCCGGACGUGCUCGCCGGGCUGGACUACGCCGGCGACGACCCCUUCACGGGGCUGUCCCCGCCGGACCAGGGCCAGAUGCCAGGCGGCGAGGUGGUCGACGGCUGCUGGGGCUGGGACUCCCACUCCAACGGCGGCAUGUCCAAGUGAACGAACGAACUACAACUGUCGGUGUCAAUGUGCCAUGCCAUGUCAGCUCAGGCUCAGCCUCAGCCUCAGCCUCAGCUACGUAUAAAUGUGAUGUCAAGUGAACGGACUUGAGUUUUUCAGAGUCCUUGUGUCGUGUCGUGUCGUCCUGUAAUAGAACUGACGUAACUAUAUAAUGCUACUAUAUAUGCUAAGAGACUUGAACUACGAAGUAUAAAUGUUGUGCAAUUUACUACUUUUUCUU